CUCUCUCUAUAUAUAUAUGUAUGUAUAUGCCAUUACGCGGGGUACUACUCUAGCUCUUUGGUGAGUGGCCAUUUUCUCUCUCAAGGCCCAAUAAAUGCAUUUUCACCGCAGCUGCCAUUGAAGCAGAGCUCAGAGCUUUAACUUUACGGUGGCUAUUCUCGCUCGAAUAUCUGCGCAGGAUUUGUUUGACGGAGUUCCUUAGUUAAAGCCGUCAUUGAAUCGGAGCAUUUUGCGGAUUAAUCAGUUGAAUAGUCUCUGCUAUGCGGUGAAGCUGUUCUUUUAAGAAGAUUCGGAAGUUCGUUUUUUAAUCGGCUUUGAGAUCUGAAGCCCUAGCGGUUAAGGAGUUUGAGCUAAGAAUGAAGCCAAGUACUCGGCUUAACUCAGUAGUUUUUCAGCUCACUCCUACCCGAACUAGGUGUGAUUUAAUAAUUAUUGCUAAUGAGAAAAAGGAGAAAAUUGCUACAGGCCUGUUGGAUCCUUUUCUUGCGCACCUAAAAACUGCUCAGGACCAAAUUGCAAAGGCUGGCUAUUCAAUUGUGCUCGAACCAAAAUCUCACAAUGAUGCAUCAUGGUUUACAAAGGGGACAGUGGAAAGGUUUGUUCGCUUUGUGAGCACUCCGGAGAUCUUGGAACGGGUGCACACUAUAGAAUCUGAGAUUAUACAGAUUGAAGAAGCAAUCACCAUACAGGGGAAAAUUGAUAUUGAUCAUGGCCAUGUCGAAGAUCACCAGGAAAAAUCAUUGGGAUCCUUGGAAGGUAACAAAUCAACAGCAGGUGUUAAUGAGGAGAAAGCUAUAGUUCUUUAUGAGCCUGGUGCUCAUCAACCUGAAAAAAGUGAUUCAGCCUCACAAGGAGAAAAUUCAAGAGCACAACUUCUGAAAGUCCUUGAGACACGAAAAUCCGUGCUACAAAAGGAACAAGGGAUGGCCUUUGCACGUGCUGUAGCUGCUGGUUUUGAUAUUGAUCACAUGGCACCGCUGGUAUCCUUUGCUGAUUGCUUUGGAGCCUCACGUUUGAGGGAUGCAAGCUUAAGAUUCAUGGGACUUUGGAAGAAAAAACAUGAAACUGGACAAUGGCUUGAAAUAGGAGCAACAGAAGCAAUUGCCAGCCAACCAGAUGCCUCUAUCAUGAAUGCAUCUGGUAUUGUGUUUUCCAACAGUGAGAUGGCUUCAGAGGGUGAUGGGAAAUUAAGCAUGGAUGGUACUGCAGGUGAAAGACAAAGAAUAGAGCAGCAGGUGCCCAAUAAUCAACAAGAAUCCUUUCAAAACCAGUUUUCCCAACCUAUGUUUCCUCCCUGGGCAAUGCAUCAUCCACCCUCUGCCUUACCUCUUUACCAACCAUACCCAGUGCAAGGAGUGCCAUACUAUCAACCUUAUUCAGGAAAUGGCUCUUUUUAUCACCCACCUUACCCUCCUAUGAAGGACCCUCGAAUGGGAGUCGUGCAUAGAACUGGGGGAAAAAGGCAGUCCAUGGACGGAGAUGGCAGUUCUGAGAAAUCCCUGGAUGACUCAGACUUGGAUAAUGAAGACCCACAGUAUCAAGAGCACAGGAAGAAGGCAGGACGGUCUAGAAAAAGACAAUCAGGAAAAGUUGUCAUUCGAAAUAUUAAUUACAUUUCCAAAGCAAAGAACUCUGAUAGUAACUCAGGAUCAGGUUCUGAUUCUGAAAGCAAUGCAGAUGGUGAAGAUCUUCUGAACACGACUUCUCGAUCAUCUAAAACAAAAGGUAGCAGUGGAAAGUUUUUGAAUGAGCUCAAUUCAUAUGAUAAAGAAGAGGAUACCAUUAACGAGAAGGAAACAGAUGGUGGGCAUUGGCUAGCUUUUCAAAAUCUUUUGUUCAGAGAGAAGGAUGAAGACAACCACACUGACAAAGAUCACAUGUUUAUGACAGAUGAAGGUGUAAGGAGGAAACAACAUUCUAUAGGUGAUGAUCCCAUUGCUCUGGGUGGUCGAGGUUCAGAUGAUUUGCAUGAUAGUAGGAUAAAUGACAUCCAUAAAGUUAGUACAAAUAUGUCUAGAUUGUCCCGGGGAUCAAAUGAUGGCGUUUUAUUUUCUAACAGGGGGCAUGCUAACACUGUGGGUCAAAUGGACAUUCAGUUUGCUGAGACAGAAGGUAGAAAGGUCAUGUCUAGGACUGCAAAUGAUGACUUUAUGGUGCCUGGUCGAGCAACUGAUUUGCGAUUGAGGAAUUCCUUAGAUCCUCUAGCUGAGAAUGGAGUAGGAAGUGCUACUAAUAAAUCGCAGAAAACCUUCUCAAAUGGUAUGGAUGAUGAAUCUUUUAUAGUACCAUUUAGAUCAAUGACGUUGGAUGGUAGUGUAGCAGACAACAGAACUGCCAUUGAUAUGGAUUCUGAGCUUCCGGCAACACCUAAAAACACAGCAAAUAACUCUCAUGGAGAAAGGAGCCAAGUUAAUUAUGAGCCUAGUGAUUUGGGUUUGAUACCCGAACGUGAUGCAGAAAAAUGUUCCAGUGGGUAUGACCCCUCUUGGGACUAUGAAAUGCAAGUUUCUGUCAAAGACACUGUUUCUCAGGAUAAAGGAAAGAAAGAAGGCACGAAUAAUGUGAAGAAAGGACCUCACAAAUCAGACAAGGACCGUAGGCCAAAAGCUGCCUCUGAUUUAGAUAAGAAAAGGGUUGGUGGACCCAUUAGAAAAGGAAAAAUGUCAAAGACGAGUCCUCUAGAAGAUGCACGAGCACGAGCUGAGAAAAUAAGAUCCUUUAAAACUGAUAUCCAGAAGAUGAAAAAAGAGAAGGAAGAGGCAGACCUUAAACGCUUAGAAGCUUUGAAAUUGGAGAGGCAAAAGAGAAUUGCAGCAAGAGGCAGCUCAAGUUCAGCUCGUUCAACGGCACCUUCUUCUCAAACAAGAAGAUUGUCAACAAAAUUAUCUCCGAGUUCUGUUAGAGGAUCAAAGUUCAGUGAUACAGAGCCAGGAUCAUCAUCACCUUUACAGAGAACCAAAAUACGAACUCCCACUGAAUCCCAUGAUUCACAAAAAGCCUCUAAAUCCACUAAAGUAAGUGAUGGACACUUGGCAAAUGAUCGGUUGACUAGAUCAGCAUCAUCAUUGUCUGAUCCUAAUAAGGAAAGUAAUGGUGUCACACCUGAUUCAAAAACAUCAAAAGCAAGACUUAGAAGAUUAUCUGAGCCCAAAACAAUCAGCAGCAAACCUGUUGCAUCAGUGAAGGCACAACGUUCUGAACCAGUAUCAAAGCCAAGGGUACGUAAUUCUGAAUCAGCAUCCAAGUCUAAGCUAUCUGAUUACCCUGAAAGCAAGAAAAUAUCAGCUAUCAUGGACCUUGAUAAGAAGAAGGCUGCUACCCUUCCUGAACUGAAGAUUAGAACACCCAAGGAAGUUUUAGAUGUACACCUUGAAAAGUCAGCUGUGAAGGAUACAAUGAAGGUGAAUGAUUCUGGGCCUUCAGGAAAUUCUGAAAGCACUGAACCUUUCAUGAAAAACAGAAAACUUCCACAUGAGAGUGAAGGAGAUGAAAUCAUUGUUGAGAAGAAUGUUGUGAUGCUCGAGUCUGAAAAACCCUCUUCACUGGCUCCCAAGCAACAAUCUGAUGUUGAUGAUAGAGGGGAAAAAACUGCAGUGGUAUCUGAGUAUGCUUUUAUAGAUGCACCUCCUUCACCCUUUGAAGGAUUUGUCAGGGAUCCUAUACCUGGCCGCUUUCUGGAACAACUGAAUUCACAAGAGGCAGGAGCGAAUUCUGUAGAGGAGACACCUAAAUUUGCGAGUAUUGAUCCUGCUGUAAGACCUCAUUAUCAAGCCCCAUAUGCUCGUGUCUCCUCCAUAGAAGAACGCUGUACUGGAUACUCAGAGUAUGCCAAAGCACCCCCAGCAAACUCAGAAUUGGCAUCAGUAGAACCGGCUCCUAAAGCAUAUGUUGAUGAUGCGAAGACUGUGACAGUAUAUAACAUUCAGGAAGGUUCAGAGAAGGCUCAAGUUAAAGAGCCAUCAAAAGGAUUCAAACGGCUCUUGAAAUUUGCGAAGAAGACCCAGUCCUCCAUUUCAGGUGAUCGAACUCUUGAAUCAGACAGUAACAGUGCUGUUGGUCUAAAGCAAGAUGAUAAUGCAACAAGUACUGCUUCAUCAAGUGAAGUUUACACUUUGAAGAAUUUAAUAUCUCAAGACGAAGUCCCGAGUACUGGAAACGCUGUUCAGAAGUCUCGCCAUUUUUCUCUGUUAUCUCCGUUCCGGGGUAAGACAACCGAAAAGAAGCCGGCAUCAUAGACCUUCUGCCGUUGUCAUCUGGUACUUUCAGUAUGGGACUUGCUGUAAUUUCCAUGUCAAGUCUCAACCUAUUUAUUAACAACUGAACUUCUACUGUUAUAAAAGAGGUCAUUGUAUAAAAUUAAACUGUGAUUUUGAUACCCAAUGGAAACUUAUCUUGAAACUUAACUUAA